CUCGGGCGGGAGCAGGCGGUACAGUGGAGCCGGCGCCCGGAUCGGAGGAACGGGGUCCCGGAGGAGGCAUCGCGAGGAACUAAAUCAUGGCUUUUCAGAAGGCAGUGAAAGGAACUAUCCUCGUAGGAGGAGGGGCCGUUGCAACCGUCUUUGCCCUCUCACAACUUUCUCAAUAUAGAAAAAAAGGUCAUCAUGCAACUGUGGAAGCUUCAGAAUGCAAACUUGUACCAAUACUAAACUCCCUUCCGACUAGAGAGAAUCAUUUCCAGGCUUUGAGAGAAACUUCAGAAUUUGAUGUUCUUAUCAUAGGGGGCGGUGCCACAGGAAGUGGUUGUGCCUUAGACGCUGUUACAAGAGGCCUCAGCACAGCUCUUGUAGAACGGGAUGAUUUCGGAUCAGGGACUAGCAGCAGAAGUACUAAAUUGAUCCAUGGUGGAGUGAGAUAUCUACAGAAGGCCAUCAUGAAGUUGGAUUUUGAGCAGGAAUCAGGGAUUAUGGCUGAAUUGGAGGUGGGGGCAGGACUGUGA